AGCAUAUCCGAAGGAAGAAUCGGUCUUGCGUACUCCGCAAGGGUUAUUAGAAACAUGGCCGACUCGAACCUUCCUGAUUUCUGUAUCAAGUUGGUAAAGCCAAAUAUGGCAGAACUUCGGCUCGGGAGGCUUGGUUUUAUGAGCAGCUUGUUCUUGAACCAGAGUACGAAGGGGCGGCCCAACUUGAAUACUGAAACAAUGCCGCAAAAGUUACACUAUCUCACUCCCAAUCGUUUCCAGCUCCUCGCUUUGUCUGGUCAUAUGUUCCCCUAUCUAGAAUUGAGAACUGGGCAUCUGUCUCUUCCGAAGGACGGGGGUCAUCUUGAGAUCGAGUUGAUAGACAAAAUAUGCAAUGGAAGGGUCGUUCCUGACCUUUGCGUCAAAGUGAUGAAGCCAGAGUAUGGUGGGACCUUGGCCCGAGAAGCGUGGUUUUAUGAGCAGCUCGCUCUCGAAGCGAACUGUGAAAGAGUCAUUACAACGCGCAGUUUUGGCUUUUUUACCGUUCCACUUAGAGACUGCUUUGACGUCGAAGGACGACCUGUUUCACGUAUCGAGCCUUGGGAGAAUAUCACGAUUAAACCUCCCGAGCCAAAUUCUGAUGAGACCGAUGGGUCGGACGACGGAGAGGGCGCAGAUUGGCGGCUUCCUGACGAUCUUCCAUAUCUUGGCGAAUCAUUCAAGGACGAUGACAAAUGGAGGAGCGGGUCGCCUUGGAAUGCGCGGCGAGCGUCUCCUUCCAAUCCGUUGAUAUGUGUCCUGGUGCUGAAAAAUCUGGGAAACAAGUACUCUUCUCACGAGGAACAUGGGGAAAAACCAAGAAGCCUACAGGAGGAAGAGCUUAACGGUAUUUGCGAUGUCGUACAUGAUUUGGGCUCGACCGAAAUAAUGCACAAAGAUCUCUGAUACAACAAUAUCAU